CCCUACAACGCCCUGACGUUAUCCCCGGCCGAGAGGGCCAAGGCAUAAAUACUAUGUAUGGCCCGGCCUUCGUCGACGAGAGAUUGGCUGCAUGUGGUUUCCAAGCAAUCAAACAAUCCAUGACAUAAACCACACCACACCACACCACGACAUGAGGCCCUCUGUUGACCAUGAGAAGAAGGAACUACAACACGGAGAUCCAACUAAUUGCCCUGCGGAAGAUAGCCCAGUUUCCGAAACAGAGAGGACCUCUUCGGACGAACAAGAUCCUAGCCAUGGGGAAGAACUCUCGACUGGCGAGCCUCGGAGCGAGGAGCCAGCCGCCUCACCAGAUCAGCCGGACAACCCGCCCAAAUACUCCAUCUACACACUUUGGGAGAAGAGGUUCAUCGUGCUUGCCGCCGCCCUCAGCGCCUUCUUCUCGCCGCUCACGGCCCAGAUCUACCUGCCGGCGUUGCCCGUGCUAGCCAAGGAGUUUCAUGUCACGCAAUCCCAGAUCAACCUGACAGUUACAACGUACAUGAUCUUCCAGGGAGUGACGCCCAUGUUCAUCGGCGGCUUCGCCGACUCUGCGGGGCGCCGGCCGGCCUUCGUCAUCUGCUUCGUCGUCUACAUCGCCGCGAACAUCGGCCUGGCGCUCAGCAAGAACUACGCGUCCGUGCUAGCGGUGCGGUGCCUACAGUCGGCCGGGUCCAGCACCACCGUGGCCCUCUGCCAGGCCGUCGUGGCCGACAUCAUCACGAGCGCCGAGCGCGGCCAGUACAUCGGCAUCACCGUGAUCCCCAUCGUGCUGGCGCCGAGCCUGGGGCCAGUCCUGGGCGGCGUGCUAUCGCAGUACCUCGGCUGGCGCUCCAUCUUCUGGUUCCUCACCAUCGCCUCGGCCAUCAACCUCGCCGCCCUACUCUUCUUCUUCCCCGAGACCUGCCGCCGCAUCGUCGGCGACGGCUCCGUCCGCCCGCCCCUCGCCUACCGCACCUUCCGCCAGAUGCUCGUCGACCGGCGGCGUCGCCGGCGCGCUGCCGCCGAGGAGGCAAGCGGCGGCCUCAAACGGACGACCUCGACGGCCUCAGCGGCGCCGACGCUGCGGCUCGCGGCGCCCGACGUGCUCGGCUCCGUCGUGCUCCUCUGCCAGAAGGAGCUGGGGCUCCUGCUCUUCUACAGCGCCGUCGCGUUCGCGGGCUUCUACGCCAUCGCCACGGCCAUGCCGUCGCAGCUCAGCUCCAUGUACGGGCUCAACGACCUGCAGAUCGGGCUCAUGUACCUGCCGCUGGCGGGCGGGUCGAUCGCGUCCGCGCUCGUCGCGGGCCCGGCCAUCAACCGCAACUACCGCCGGCACGCGGCGCGCCUCGGCCUCGCCGUCGACAAGAGCCGGCAGAUGGACCUGGCCGGGUUCCCGAUCGAGCGCGCGCGCCUCGAGGUCGGCAUGCCGCUGCUGGCGCUCAGCGCGGCGGCGCUCGUGUGCUGGGGUUGGGUCAUGCAGGAGCGCGGCGGGCUGCCGGCUACGUGCGUGCUGCUGUUUGUCAUGGGCGCCGGCAUGACUGGGUUUAGCAACACGAGCAACGUCCUCAUCGUCGACAUACACCCCGGCCGGGCUGGCGCUGCUGUUGCGGCCAAUAACCUCACCAGGUGUCUGUUGGGCGCGGCGUCGAGUGCCGUCAUUGUGCCCAUGAUCAACGCCAUGGGGUCCGGGUGGGCAUUUACGCUGAUUGGGUUGUUGUACGUGGUGUUCUCACCGGUGCUGCUCCUGAUCAUGAAGAAAGGGGUUGCGUGGAGGGCCGAAGAGGCGGAGAAGCAGGAGAGGAAGAAGAGGAGGAAGGAGGAGGCGGGGGCGGGGGCGGGAGAAGACGGGGUGCAGGAUGGCGAGGGAGAGGAUUGUAAUGGAGUUGCCGGCGGCAACGCUGGUGGAAUUAGAUCGGAGACAAAGGAGGAGAAUGAUGUCGAGGGCGAGAGGCGCGUUGGCGGGAGCUGACCAAUGGCAGGCAGGAAACUGUAGCGCGAUGCUCCGCCCCAGAGGAGAAAAGAAAUGCCUCCAAGGCCGCCCAAGCAGACCUACCUAGAGAUGGGCCUGGGCAUUGUACUGAGUAAGUGCUGCCACCUAUACCAACGUGCAGUAUAUCCAAUUCAGCGAAGAAAAUAAAAUGAAACAAUAAAGAAUAAAUCAAGCAAGGG